UCUUUAAAAAGGAAACAGCCUUAAAAACAUAAAACCCUAUAGGAAAGAGUGAUGAUGAUAAUGACUUAAAUGCGGAUAACACUAAGUGGCACAACACACGAAGCUUCUGAGACUCUUAGCACCCACUCGGGCAUUCAGCAGGUAUCCGUUGGCUUCCCACACUGUGUUCAAAGUAAGGAUAUAAGAAUUAGAAAGUCACAGUGUCAUAUGCCCUCAUGUAGUUUACAUUCUAGUGGUGUGCAAUAAACGAUGGUUUACAAUUUGUAAGUGUAUAUAUAUUUUCCUAAGGACAGGGAUAUGUUCUAAGAAAACAUUAGGUGAUUUCAUCAUUGUGCGAACCUCAUACAGUGUACUUCACACAAACUUAGAUUGUGUAUGUAUUUUUAUUUAUAUCUCUUUUUUCAUGUGGAAAGCCAAAAGUCCCAACACCAUUACUGGGUAUCAGUCAUUUCCCUUACUUGGUCUGCAAUGCCAAUAUCAAAUGCCAUAUAGCAGAUUUCUAUACAUGCUCUGCUAUAACCUUAGGGGACUACCAUCAUAUUUACAGUCUGUUGUUGACUGAAAAUGUCAUUAUGUGGUGCUUGACUGUAUCUUAAAACUUUCUACUUAAAUUUUGUUCAUUGGUUGGUUUUUCUAGAUGAGCACCUCGAGGAGUCGGGUGAAAUGCCAAUGCCGGAUUCUGAAAGUGUAUUCAUUAUCCCUGGAAGUGUUCUUCUAUGGUGAAUAGCCCCAUGGCCUCCAAAUUCUACCCAGAUGUAUAAUUUUACUAGUUCUGCAAUGGUUUUGAAUGAAGUAGACAAAGACAUGGAGAGUGUGAUUCCCAAGACAGACUGCAGGUUACGGCCUGACAUCAGAGCCAUGGAAAAUGGAGAGAGAGAUCAAGCUAGUGAAGAAAAAAAGCAACUUGAGGAAAAACAAAGAGCAGCCCGCACAAACAGGUCCAAGUCAGAAGAGGACUGGAAGACGAGGUGGUUCCAUCAAGGUCCUAAUCCCUACAAUGGAGCACAGGACUGGAUUUACUCUGGCAGCUACUGGGACAGAAAUUACUUCAAUUUGCCUGACAUUUAUUAAAAUGCAUACAAGUCAGGGUGUUUGGCUAAUCUACAAAUAAGUCUUAAACCUAUGUUUUUAAAUUUUUUUCCCUUGGUUUCUACUUAUCUUUUUAAAAAAAUGAAAAAACACUCAUAAGAUAACUGCAUUUCACCCAACAAAAGCAGGGUAUAAGGCGAUAUUGGCGAUGAAAGUCAGGAAAAAUGCAUAGUUUUGCUAUAAAAUGUACUUAUUUGGAAUACUAUUUUAUAUAGAGGGAAGAGAAAACUGCUGGGGAAUAUGCUUUUUAUGGUUGCUGUUGCCAUAUUUACUGAAGGUUUAUACCUAAAUGUAACUUCAGCUUUAUGGAACUGUAUAGUAAUCCCAAAUCAAGUUAUUUUGAAUAUUUUUAUGCUGUCAUGCUUGAAUGUUUUAGAUGUAACCUUUGACAUAUUUAGAACUCUCCUCCUAUACAAUAUAUAUUGCUCAAAU